UAGCCAGUGCCAACCAGUAGCCACGCCUCCCGCCUCCUCUACGCCUGCAGCUUCGACCUUCCACCCCAUUCCUUUCGGAGAGAUUAGAUAAGACUAAGAACAUUAUCUCCGCCACUUGAGAAAGUCACUUGAAGUAUUCCUAUACUUGGAAAACUUCUCUUGCCUGCUUGGCCCCGUCAGGCGCCUGCGUCCCUGCCUCGCCGACAGUCCGCCUCGACCUGCGCAGCCUACACACAGCCUCGGUUCUGACGGACGAGUCCUGGACCAUGCCGGAUCUGACGGUCGCCGUGGUGGGAGGCAGCGGGUUCCUGGGGCGGCAUGUGGUGGCGCAGCUGGAGCAGUGGGCAGCAGAAGGUCAGGUCGACGGCUGGGGCGUCAAGCAAGUGCGGGUCCUUGACAUUACCCAACAGGACGCAAACGCAGGCGGCAAAGGCACAGCUAUUUUCGAGGAAUGUGAUAUUGGGAAUGCGGACCAGUUAUCCCGGAGCCUGAAGGGCGCGGACGCCGUCGUCAACUGCGCCGCCGUCUCGCCCGACAUCACGCAGGAUGACGUUCGCUGCAGCCCCGACAUGUGGAGAGUCAACGUCGACGGAGUCCGAAACUUGGUACAAGCAUGUCGGGAGGCGGGGGUUGGCGUGCUCGUGCACACCAGCACUCUCGCCGUCAAGAUGGGCGGACAAAAGCUGAUGGAACACACAGAGAGCCUCACGCCCCACAUUAGCGAGGACGCCCUCAUACUCGGGGACUACGCCCGAGGCCGCGUGCGUGCGGAGGAACUUGUCUUGGAAGCUCACGAUGGCCCCACGCAAACAGGAACGAGACUCCGCACGGUGGUGCUGCGGCCGCCCCUCCUGUACGGCGAGGGCGACCGGGCCUUCGUGCCGUACGUCCUCCGGCUGACGCGCGCUGGGGGCAACACAAUGCCUUCCUUUGGCAAUCCUGAUGCCUUUCAACAGGCGGCAUAUGUUGGCAACGUGGCGGCGGCGCAUGUCAUGGCCCUGAGGAAGCUGCUGCGGGAGGACGACGCGAGCGAGCUGCAGCACGUGGGGGGCCUGCCGGUGUACGUGACAGACGACACGCCGCCCAACAACCUGCCCGGCCUCGCGUACCCCUUUCUCCGCCACCUCGACUUGCAACCCGCCCGUAACCUCUCCUAUUGGACGGUUGCCAUCCUCCUGCUCCUCGCGAAGGCCUGGGGCGCCGUCCGCUCUGUCUUCGGCUUGAGUCCCCCGGGUCCUUCCGCCCUUCCGUCCUGGACCCUCCACCGCCUCGGCCAGACCAUCGCCGUCGUCAGUCGCAUGCGGGCGGAGCUGUCCAUGGGCUACGCGCCGCCCUUCUCGUGGCCGGAGGCGUUGGCCCGCUCGACGGCCUACUACUGCGCGGCCUUCCCCCCGGGGAGAAGGCCUAGCGCUCUCGAGGCCUCGCUCUCCGGGACACAGGCGCUAGCUGUGCGGAACUUGCUCAUUCUAUUUUCAUAUCAACAGUAUUUUAAUAGGUUUCUUCACUCAGUACAAACUAUAUAUAUAUAUAUAUAUUAAAUUAUAUAUAAUAAAUAUAAUAUAAUUUAUAUAUAAAUAUAUGUAUAUAUAUGCAUUAAUGUAUAUGUAUAAUAUAUAAUAUAUAUUAUAUAUAUAUAUUAUUAUAUAAUUAAUAUAUAUAUAUAUCAAGCUAAACAGAAUCAGAAAAAGACCUCAUUCUCCAUGCACAAGGGACCAAAAUCCAUUUUACAUCAUUGUUAUCAGGCAGUGUUCCAAACUACUGAAAUCUAAAUAGGUCCUGUUUCAAUUUAUGUUCGCGUGACGAGUAAACAGACUUUCAAAACUGAUUCAUAGUUUUUGCUCAUCAAUUGUUUCAUGAAGCAAGGUUCCCGAGAACAAGGGCACAGUUAGUCUAAUUUAAUGAAUAUGCUUAUUUGUUUUUUUAUAAUCCAAAACAAUAAAUGAUACAGUUUACAUCGAACUCAUCUUGAUGAGAAGAGCAAGCAAUUUUACGUUAUCUUUGAGGCAAUAAAGAUAAGAUAUC